ACAUUUAACCAAGGAAUAAAAUUCAAGCUAGAAAGAUCGAGUUAGAAUUAUACCGGAAUUAUUCGAUGAAAAUGUCUUCCUUUUGCCCUACUACUUAUUUAGGAAGAGAAUAUCCCUUAGAAUUAGGUACAAAUCAAGGUUUUAAUACUUUUGACUUAGAUUCUGUAUUUCUCCUUAAUUUUGCAUCAUCUCAAGCUCAAGCUCAAGCUCAAGCUCAAGCUCAAGCUCAAGAUUACCAAUAUCAAUUAGUGUAUGAUCAUGUUAAGCGAAGCCAAUCGCCACAAGGUACAAGUUCAACAGAUCAUCAUAAUUUUGAUAAUAAUAAUACAAUAUUAUCAAAGAAACUUAGUCAUAAUGCAAGUGAAAGAGUUCGAAGAAAGAAGAUUAGUAACUUGUAUUCCUCUCUACGUGCUUUGCUUCCUUCUUCUGAUCAAAAGAAAAGGCUAAGCAUUCCAAGUACAGUUGUACGGGUGGUUGAGUACAUACCUGAGCUACAGAAACAAGUGGAGAGUCUAAUUCGUAAAAAGGAAGAGCUAUUAUCAAAGGUUUCGGCAAUUCAAGGAAAUUCAACGAAAAACAUUCAUGAACAAAAGCCGAAAAAAUGCAUAAUCAACGAGUCAUUUUCGUGUUCGAUUUCUGUAAAUAAAUUGGGUGAUAAAGAAAUGGUGAUUCAAAUAUCAGCAUUUGAGAAGUUAUCAAUAUCUCAAGUGCUUCUUCUUCUUGAAAAUAAUGGUUAUGGUGUUGUUGAUAUUUCUUCUUUUCAAUCUUUUGGAGGAAGGACUUUUUACAACAUACAUUUAUUGAUGGAAGGAGAUUGUAUCGUAAAGUUUGAAAUUUUAAAUGAAGACUUGAUGGCCUUGCUUAAGGAGCAAGAGCAGAAGAAAAUGCAAUUUCAUACGCAAGAAGGAAGAGAGAAAGAGUGUGCACCAAUCCAGUUUUCAUUCAUUGCGGCUUGCCCUAAAGAGUGGCUAAGCAAGGCAUUAUAUACAUCCCUAAAUGCUACACUUGACCAAUGA